AUGUCUUCCACUUCGAGGAUUUUUUCCCUCAUCUUGGUUGCGUUCACAUGUUCCCAGUCCCUGGCAUUUGAGCACGCUCCUCGAACUGGCGAAUCCCCGUGUGACGUCACAGACGAUGAUGUGCGAGGUGGCGAUUACGUCAAUUGCACAGUUCGAGGUUUGACCUCACUUGAACCAACGUGGUUUCCCGAGAAUGCGACCACUCUAAGCCUUGAUCAUAACAUUUUGCAUAAUCUGGCCAGUGGAUGCUUCAGUCAUCUGUCCGAACUUCAGGUGUUGACCAUAAGUGACUCCCGAGUCACCACAAUUCACGAGGAUGCAUUGAGGGGCCUUGGAAAGCUGAAGGAAUUAAACCUGGAGAACAACAAUAUCUAUACAAGACGUCUCUCCAGGACCUUAUUUUCUCACGUUCCUAAUUUGGAGAACUUGUACCUGAAGGGGAACACAUGGGAAAAUGAAGGCACUCUGGAAUCUCCUUCCAGUUCUGCCGUCCCAUUCUCUGACCUAUCGCAUCUGACAAGUCUGGCUUGGUGGCUCUCGUGGUCUGGAGUCUGGCUCCACACGACUUGGGUGAGGCUGGACAUGUCCGGGAACUACUCGUGCAUCGACGACAGAGGGCAGGACCGGUGGACCGUUGACCUUGUCACGACCAAGGCGUUGUGGCGUCGAUGUGUCGGGAAAACGGCUCUCCUCGUCUCUCUCAGCCUUGCCUUAAGCCUUAUCGUGGGCUUUCUGGCCGUCUACGUGUGGCGGCGGUUCAGGACUGCGGUGUGGGCGUUCUUUCUCAACAUCUUGGCUCCUGGUUUCAGGUGA